AUGCUCUCUGCUGGUAACAGCGUAUCGGCCAACGGCCGAGGAUCAUCGACUCCGUUUCAUGAUGAAGACUCAAGCUAUAAAGUCGUCCUGCCACGUCUUCCAACCGGUAACGAUGUUUUGAAUUCCGUUUUCCUUCAUGCCGACAUGAGUGGUAGGCCGUACCGUGCACCAGACUUCCGUGACGCGCUGCUUAAAGUGGUGAGCCCAGCGGACAUUAUUGGAGUUGGCCAGUAUCAAAUGAGCCAUGUAUGGAGUACGUGUGCAAACAGCAUGGCGAAACAGAAACUCGUCACUUGUGGUGAGCUCCGUGUAAAAGGGCUGAAGUGCAUGGUGCUAGAUCCGGAGACCAAGAAUAUUAGGCUGAAGCUACUUUGGCUUCCGCCUCAUCUUGAAUCGCGACGUGUUGAAGAGGCGUUCCAAGCUUACGGCGUUGUGAAGUCCGUUGAAAGAGAGGCAUGGAGAAGUGCAGGAAUGGAACAAUGCAUGACAACAAAUAGAGACGUUGCCUUAGAGCUCAAGGACACUAUCACUGUGAGCUCAAUACCACACCUUAUGUCAAUCUAUGGCCACCAACGCCUCGUACUUAUUCCCGGUAGGCCUCCACUGUGUCUUCGUUGCAAGCGAGUGGGGCAUGUACGACGACAGUGCAAAACACCGAGGUGCUUGCAAUGCCAGCGUUUUGGUCACUCGUCGGAUACCUGCGUGUCGACUUAUGCCAACAAACUCCGUUCUGGCCAAGGCACAGAAGACCAACGUCUCGAUCAUCUUAUGGAUGUCACUGAGGUAGUUGAUGCG